CGUCCGGUAAUGGCGGACAGACCGAGAGCAGAAUGGCGGCGAAUGAGAAGGGAUUGAAGCCGCCGUCAUGUCUCCUGCACACAAGCGGUCUGUGAUAACGUGGGCGGCGGGGCUGAGCUUCGCUUUGCUGCUUUCCUUCUAUAUUUUGGGCUGGUAUCUGCUGGGCCUCUUGGCUGUGGCGCCCGUUUGGGUUUAUUACUCUUCACUGCAGGGAGUAGGCCCCAGGCCCGGACCCCGAGUUUUACUCGAUCGCACCAAAGCGUUUCUCCUCGGGACGCGUUGGGCCGAGGUGGUACACAGCAAGUUAAACGGAGGAGGUGGUCAGUGGAGAGGGAGAGGUCGCAGUGCCAGAAGCAGGUCUCAGCCGGGCCUUUGGAACCCCGGCCGGGCCCAGGGUAACAGCUGUAAGUGGGAGGUGGUGAAUUGCGAGGAGCGCAACCCGCUGGCGGCGGCUUGUGCGAGCGAGCGGAGCCCGGCCAACCUCAUGAUGGGCAGCUAUUUAUCGAAUGAAAACUCGGCGCAACCUACGUUUGGCAGCAGGGAGCUGAAGAACCGCUACAGUAGGCCGAAUCCCAUCCAGACUCCGACCAGGAGGCUGUCCUUUGGGGAACAUCAGGCUAUGAUGAAUAAAUUUACAGUGACCCCUCGGAGACGGUAUCCAAUUCACCAGCCCCAGUAUUCAGUACCUGGAACUCUGCCGACUGUACGAUGGGAUGGCUACCAGAAGAAAAAUGUUUUGUCCUCCAGGAACUCACCCAUGGUACAUAGUCCAGUGACUGUAAAAAUUGCACGUCCUGAUGCAAGUAUAAUGCGUUCACCUCUGUUUGACUACAUGAUGUCCCCUACUCUAUCUCCACUGAUUGACCCCUGCUCAAAAGCAACUGUGCUUAGUGCACUCAAGGAAAGUCGGAAGAGAACAGUUGAAGAUGAUACAGGAAGAACGUUGAUCUCUGAGCGAGAGAAUAAGCGUAGACGCCAUGACAGCAGUGGAAGUGGUCACUCUGCAUUUGAACCCCUGUUGGCCAAUGGAGCUCCGGCUUCUUUGAUUCCAAAACCUGGAACCUUAAAAAGGAGCACCAAUUCCCAAUGUUCGGAUGACCCCAUCUCCAAAAGGUCGCGAACAUCCUCCAUCAGCUCACUGAACAGCACGUGUGUGGGUGGGAAGCAUACUUCCCCUCGCAAUCCUAUUUUCAGUUCUUAUAGUUCCACCCGAGGCCAUGUUCAGGGUUUUAAGAAUUAUCUCUCUCUACGGAAUGCGUCCCCACUCUCUAGCCCUGCAUCUUCACGUUCUGAAACUCCUGAGAGACCAGGCAAAAAAAUUAGAGAGGAGGAAGUACAAAGAUCAGAUGCUUCUACUCCAGUUAAAGUGGACAGGGCAGACAAAGACCAGCCUGUGGAAGAAGAAACUGUGUCUCCGUUGUCAAAAUUGUCACCUUCAACAGUGGACUCCUCCCCCUCAGAGGGUGAUGGAAAACGGAAGCGCAAGAUUCCUCUCCUCUCGAAACGCAAAGGAGAUCAGCUUACUCUGCAUCCUCCGCUAGAGCUUGGGUACACCAUCACAGCAGAUGAUGUGGAUUCUGAAAAGAAAGCAGGUCUUGACAGAAUUAAAAAAGCGUUGGAGGAAAAGGAAGAGCCUUCAAAGUCACCAGCACCUGUGACAACAGCAACAUUACCCUCACUGUCGAUAACAUUUACUGCCCCGGCAGUAGAAAGCUCUUAUGACCCAACAGCGACUUCCACCUCCAUUUCUGCUAUUGUCUCCAACCCUCUGCUGGCCAGUUUGAAGAAGAUGCAGAACUGCACUAAUUCAGUUACCAAUUCAGAUUCUGUUGAUGGGGUGACUUCAAGCAACAUGGUUAAAUCCUUAGAGCCUUCCGUUAACGCUUUCAAGAGUGAUUUAUUGCCUCCUUCCACUACUACUGCUACUACAAUGACCAUGACAACUGACAUUGCAGGGUUUAAGCCAAUUGAUGUUUUGAAUUUUUCUUGUUCCUCAAUCACCCAACCACUUAUAACUCCAAUCAAUAAGCUUGCUACCAAAGCCAUCACCACCACCACUAAUUCCUGCCUGGUUUCUGCUCUGGUUAGUGCACAAGAAAGUAAAGUUAGCAAAGGGCCCGAAGUGAGUGUAGCUGCGAGUACUGGGAGUUCUGCACCACCAAACACAAGUUUUAGCCUGCCUAGCACAGUGACCGUAAUGCCAGCAGUCAUUGGUGCCUCAGCUCCUUCAUCUACGUUUAAGCCACUGUUUGGUCUGCCAGUGACAAACCAGACCAGUAUAGUCUCGACGACAUUCAGCUUGGCAAUGCCAGUUACAACACCCACACCCUUGGUGGCAUCAAUAACAUCAAGUCCCGCUACCUCAAAAAUCUCAUUCAAACCAUUGUUUGAGAACUCUCCGACCCUUGCAACCUCAACCACCACAUCUGCGCCAUUCACAUUUGGCCAGUCAACUCAAGCUGCAGUUAGUAAUGAAACUACUGUUCUCACAACUUCUACGAAAUCAAGUUCAACUCUGUUCCCAUUUGCACCCUCCAGUACAUUAGCAAGUUCAACCAUUGAUUCAGAAGCCAAGGGCUCAAAAACCACAUUUAGUUUUGGUUUAAGUGUUGCUGUUCCUUCAAAACCGAGUACAGCACCGAACGCAAACAACAACCUAUCAUCCCAGCAACUGUUUCAGUUUGGUUCAAACGCUUCAACAACCACCACUGUUGCACCCAGUGCUGUGUUCCAAUUUGGGAAGGGCUCUGCAGAUACAGCUACAACAUCAGCUGGCCCACUAGCUCCUGCCUUUGGACAGGCAACAGUGGUUACAAGCCAGGCAUCAACAAGCAUUGCACCCACUUCAAAUUUAUUUGGGAAUUUUGGCCCUUCGGUGUCAACACCUUCUACCACUUCAAGUGGCCAGCUUGCUCUCUCAUUUGGAAACUCAGCAAAAACCUCCCUGUUUGGUAAUGCCACAAGCACACCACCUUUUGGAGGUCCAGCAGCCCAGCUAAACUUUGGAGGCACUGGUAGUAAAUCAACAUUUGGAACAAAUGCUGUCGCAACCCAACAAACUCCAAGUAAAACUCCUGCCUUUGGCAAUGCUGUUACUCCCUUCAACUUUGGAGCUUCUCCUGCCAAGUCAGCCUUUCCAAGUACCACAUCACAGUCUACAUUUGGAACUCCCAGCCAGCCGGUUUUUGGGGGUGCUACGGCUCAGACUGGGUUUGGAUCAACCUCUACACAACCGGUAUUUGGCAGCACUUCGGCGACUUUCUCAUUUGGUACAACCACCUCUUCCACUGCUGCCCCAAUAUUCAACGCUACCAAGAGUUCGGGUGGUGGUACAACUGGGUCGAUCUUUGGCUCUUCACAGGUGGUUGGCUUUGGAUCAUCAAACCAGCCAGUUGUAACAACUACUGGUUUCACUAUUACUGCGUCAAAUCCAAAUAUGGCUACAGCUGGCUUCUUUGGUUCAAGUCAGAGUGGAUUUUGCUCUUCAAACCCUUCCGUCCCAUUUGCCACUUCCACCUCGACGUCAUCAUCUCAAAAUAUGUUUGGUUCAACAUUGACUAACCAAGGCCAGCAGAACCAGACCACUCCACAGUUCAACUUUGGAGCUACAAAUGCAGUUGAGAACAAACCUGCCUUUGGAGGGUUCAACUUUGGAACUCCCAGUUUGAACUUUGGGACUGGGACUACUGCACCUGGUUUUGGACAGAGUACUCCAAGUGGCAACUUUUCCUUUGGGACCACUGGUGCUCCAGCAUCAAAUUUUGGGAGUCCAGGAGCAGGUGCAGCAGCAGCAUCGACAUUUGCAGCAACACCAACCUUUUCUAUAGGAGCUGGAUCUCGACCUACUGGAACCAGACAGAGAUUGCAGGCUAGACGGCAGCAUGUACGGAAGAGAUAGACAUUGGAAAUGUGAAUGGCGCAAAUGAACGUUGUGUUGACUAUUCUGAAAACCAUUACCACUUUUUACUUUUGUACCCUAAACAACGCCAGUCAUGGAUGUGCAGGCAACUGACCUCAAAAGCUGACAAUAUAUACUUGAGAAAAAUUGUGUUUAAAUUUAGGUCUUUUUUUUCCUCUGGGCUUGAACUGUCAACGAAUGGCUUGUGGCUGCUGAAAAAUAUUUCUCUGCAACAAUACGAAAAGCUCGUUGGACUGCAGUGAAGCCCUCGUCGUCUUAAGUUCAUACAUCCUUUUUAAACUGACCACUGCAGAACAGUGAUCUUAGUUUGGUUCAGGGUACAGCAGUAAUGGGUGACUCAGUAAGCAACAGACAUAGCUUUACUUGAAAUGUUUUACUUUAAAGGUUGCUGUAAAAUGUGAUUUGCAGACCUUUCUGGACUGACCCUUUUUUGUACAUAUUGCUGCACUUGGAAAACAUUUUUUUUAAUUACAUUUCUUAAGGGCACAAUUCCCAGUAGUAUCACCACUUCCUGUGGUGUCUUCUGUCCAAAGGCAAAACUGAACUGGAGGCUAAUGUUAAGUCUUUUUCUUUCUUUUUGUACUCCCUCGCAUUUCCUUGGAUACUUCAUUCAUUUUAGUUUACACCUGACAAGAAUUCUAAACCUUAACUGAAACUUGGGAAAAGAAAAUGUUGUGCCUGUUUGAGUCACUUCUCAACAUCUUUUGCUUUGCUGCCUACCUCUGUUCUUUAUUUUUCCUCCUGUGAGUAGCUUUCUUUAAAAUCUAUGUUGUUUAGUUAGGCAAAGGAAACAAAUCCAAAUUGCUCUCCCCUCCCAUGCUACUCCUCCAGCCCCACUCCCUUUCCCCUCCCCAAAUGUCAGACUUUUUUUUAUACAGUAAUGUUAUCAGUGUUUGCUUGUAUAUCUCACGUUUUUGCUCAGUGAAUCGAGUUUGGAGGAAAAAUUUCAGUAUGUGUGGCGGCAUGUUAGUAAUGCCGGACCUGGCUGGUUCAUUGGAUAUAUGUGAAUCUGACUCUUGCUAAUCUGAUGCGAUAGUGUUUUGCUACUAUAACUGCGUGACACAUUAAGCAGUGUUAUAUGGAGAAAUGGCAGUCAUGGCUAGUUUUGGAGGAGGUUCCGAUUACACAAUAUAGGACUUUCAAAAACAGAUUUUAAAAUUCCGGUGCUAUAAUGUUAAAAAAAAAUUUCAGCUUAUACCAAAACUUUGGCUGGCAGUGUUAAGAAUUGUACAUGUAUACAUAUAUACCGUGUAUAUUUUAACUGCGACUAGGUACUUGCAUCUUAUUUGGGUGCAGCUCGCAAAUGUACCUGUUUUAAUUUUCUUUAUUAAAAACAAACUGAAUUUUCAAAAGA